AUGGCUCCCGAUCGCAUGCAGUUGAGAGCCUUAUCUAAGGAAAACAACGAAUCCUUCAGAAGGCAUGCCCAAAGAUGGAGAGAGUUAGCGGCUUACGCUGAACCACCGCUCUUAGACAAAGAAUUGACGGAGUUAUUCAGGGAUGCCCUGCAAAGUCCAUACUUCGAAAGGAUGAUUAGCAGCGCAACAUCAGACUUCACUCACUUAGUGACAAUUGGAGAACGUGUCGAGAGUGUCCUAAAAAGUGGAAGAAUCCAAGGUGCCUCGAGCAACCAAGCUAGAGAGAUAGAAUCCCUCAGCGAUUCCCAAAAGGAAGAGGAUGAUGAAAUAAAUGCAAUCAUGGCAGAUGUUGGUUCAGGAUCAUCAUUACUACCAUUUGAUCUAGAAAUUGAAAGAACUGCACGUGCUCUAAAAGAAGCUAGAGAAGUGAGUAUGGAUGAAGGUGAUCCACCAAUACUUUCUUCAAAUUCUAAAGAGGAGGAUAACAUGGCAACACCACAACCCCUCACUAUGGGAAACUAUUGCAAACAAACUGAUGAAUGA